AUGGGUCUCUCUCUGUCAUCUUGGCUGCACGGCCGAGCAGCUGGCAGCCCUCCAUCCCCCUCAUCAGGGUUCCAUGCACUGGCCGCUCCCACCUCCUCUCGCCUCCUGAUCGCCAUGAACUCCUCACCGGUUUCCCUGGACGGCCGCUCGCACUGGAGCUCCGUGCACCGCUCCCCUCAUUUUCUGCUCUCGGCCUGCAAACGGGAGGCGAUGCGUGCUCCGGUGGAGCUCAGCAGCGACGGGGUGAGGGCGGAGGUGGGGGUGCACACUGGGCUUCACGUGUGGGAGGUGCUGUGGAACCCUGAACACAGAGGGAGCCAUGCUGUCAUGGGUGUUUCCAGGCAGGACUGUCCUCUGCAGGCCUCAGGGUACAAUGUGCUGGUGGGUAGAGACUCACAGUCAUGGGGCUGGGAACUCAAAACCAACCAGCUGUGGCACAAUGGACAGAGUCUGGGAUGUUAUCCCGGAAAAAGGGAGAGGUGGUCCUCACACAUCCAGGUCUCAGAGACGCCGCUCCCCAUCCCUGAAAGCGUCCUGCUGGUUCUGGAUGCGGAUGCAGGCACUCUGGGGUUUGUAGUGGAUGGGAGCUUUCUCGGUGUGGCCUUUGCAGACCUGCCCCGUGGGGUGGAGCUGUUCCCAGUGGUUAGCAGUGUGAGAGGAGGAGCCAGCAUACGACUACGGUACCUGAAUGGAACCACGCGUGAUCCUCCUGCCCUGAUGGACUUAUGCCGACUGUCAAUCCACCAGGUUUUAGGGAUGAGGAGACAAAAUCAAACAGACAGACUUCCUUUACCCACAUUUCUUCAGCACUACCUGCUUCCUAGUCGUUAAUAUUCUGACACAGUUUCUCAGCGUAAAUUAUUUUAACGCUCAUUGCAAAGUGUUUACAAUAAUAUAAUUUUAAACAAUGUGUUUUUAAAUGUGCA